GGAAUGGUUAUUAUUAACCAAACAACAACAAAAACAAAUUUCUCAAAAAUAAUAACAAUUUUUAUGACCUCAAUUUUCCCUUUUUUGUUUGGCAUCACAAUGGGACAGUCCACCUGUGUUUUUCUCAAACAAAAAUACCCCCAGUUUUUAUUUUACAAUGUGCCCGAUGAACCAAGAAGAGGUAGAAUAAUAAAGGGAAUAUUAUUAGACUGA